AUGAAUUCAUCCAGAUCGACGCUACAAAACCCAUCGUCCUCGCAGUUGGGGCAGGCCCUUGAUCAACAUUCUAUGAGACUAGUCUUACAGUCAUGCCUUGAGCGCCUCGACAUGUUAGACCGUCAAGUGCACGAGGAAAUCCAGGAGAUCCGCAGCCUCUUGAUGGAUCUUGACAACUACCAAUCAGAUAUCACAAUGGAGGAUCUGGGCAGAUGUGAUAGCACCGUCAACUCCCAAGCAGAACUCGAUGGCCUCAAUGCUAUUCCACCAUUUGCAUCUUCGCACGACCGCUGCUUCAUGCCACAGCCUGCAUUCCAUAGAACAUCGUUUGAUGUCACGGGACCGCUGUUAGAGGGUGAAGCUUCUCCUCAAGGUGAUUUUGCUGUAUACGCAGCAUUUCCUUUAAAUACUUACCGUGUACGAGCAGGCUUAUUGCCCCACAGCGCCCGUAGUUCUGCCGACUAUGGGCCCGUUGUUCGACCUUCCCUAACUCAGCCUCAGCACAGCAUGUACUCUGAGGCCUUUUCCGCAUUCGGUGACCCGCGUAUCAUGGAAUUGUCGUCAGAGGGUGCGGAUCCUCACCUUGGUCAAUUUAUCCAAGACGUAUCGCUCCGUGGCACGUCCGAUUCCGUUUAUGAGCCAGCUGCGCAACCCUUCCAGGGUAUUAAUUAUGAGGAGCAUGUCCCAUUAAAUUCUUCGGCCAGACCCAACGAGGAACUGUCUGUCCCCGUUGUGCAGGCUAGCCAAGUAAAGGACAAAGUAAAAUGCACAUGGUACGGGUGCUCGACAUUCGUCAACAAAGAUAACCUCACUCGUCAUGUCAAAGAGGUGCACGAGGGGAAGAUUAAGGCUGUUUGCGCAGGCUGCGGAAGAGAGUUCAAGCGCCCGUAUCAGAUGAAUGCGCAUAUCCUUCAAUCCAAAUGCGGAAGAUCCUAG